AUGGAAGAUCCAGUCGCCGAAGUCCCGAGAGUCAUCCGGCUUCUCACUCAAACUCCUCCCUCUCUCCAAGAAGAAACCAUCAACCAGUUCUUCACCUCUUCUGCCGAAUUCGUGCACCCGUUCUGUCGCAUCUGGAGUUACAAUGGGAGUCGAUGGGCAGUCACGAAGAUAUACCAGUGGUACAAGAUCAUGUCACCGCACAUAGACCUCGAAGUUAAAUCUGUCGCAUACGAUAAAGAGAACCUGAGGCUUUACGUAACCAUUUUUCAGAUCUUCUCAAUCUGGCUUAUUCCGUUUCAUUCUGCGCCGGUGACGUUGACGACUGUUCUGGACCUGACGACCGACCCUGGUGAUGGACGUGCCGCAACACAGGGCAAGAAGAGAUAUUACAUCAAGAAGCAAGAAGACUUCUACCAGCCAUCGGAAUUUAUCAAGUUUGUUAUGCCGAUCGGAGGGCAUUUUCUUGUUAUGAUAUGGCAUGCUUUUGCCAGUUUGUUCUCAAUUGCUGGGGUAUUUCUCCUGUGGCCGAUUCUCUGGGCAGAGGACAGGGGGUAUUUUAAUUACUCGCACUCUCAGGCAGCGAGAGAAGGAGUUUUCGAUGCGGUGAAUAACCAUGUCCCGGAUCUGAAGGUCUCUCUAUAUUGA